AUGGGCCUGCGCAAACAGCCCCCACCGCGUCUAAAGAACAUUGACAAGUCAAGUUCUCGAUUGAACGCACACUCGCCCAAAUCACCCAGCUCUGCGUCUUCCCACCGCCCGACUCGCUUGAAUCGAUUUUCUUCUGAAGACUCCAUCUACUCCCCCGACCUUAACACUUCACCUGCGUUUGACCUGAUGCCACUUGAAGAGGCACAGCGGUCGCCAGUGGGGUCACCCACCCACCAGCCACCGAACUCCUGGCCAGAAAAUAACGGAAGGAUAAACGAUGGCAGCUCCGGCCAGUAUAGUCAGAAUGAGGCAUACAAGGAACUUGCAGAUACAAGCGGGCACUAUGUUCCACCUACAUUGAUGGCAGGUCAACAAACAGGAGCGGCCGAGAACGUGUGGCGGUCAACUUCUGACGCUGGGCAGGAUUUGACUGGAGAGCUACCGGUACAGCUACAGUCGAAUAAUCCAUUCUUAAAGCCUAGGCCGGCAGAGCAUGUUCAAGAUCUCUUGGAUCGGAAUGAGUGGGGCCGUAAUUCACAUGCGACUUCUAACAGUGACGCAUUGAGCCAAUCCGAAGGUUAUAUUCCGAUGACUGCACGGCUCUCUCUUUUAGAUGAGCCCGAACAAGAAUCACAAUGGGCCGAGGCUUCUCUUCCGUAUUCUCAUUCCGAGCAACGCCUCAUGUCAGGCCGUCAUCGCCUCGAUGACAACUCACCGUGGGGGUCUCAACAGUCCAUCAAGGUCUCGGCCCCCCAAGAAAUCUACCUUCAAGGAGUGCAGUCAACUCCAUAUAUCUCGGCGGUUGCUGUACAGCCGUUUGACCUGUCAGAUGGGAAAAACCAUGCCCACGCACAAUAUCUACCUCCAUCAAAUUCAGGGAGGCUCGACUCGGAUCCUGGAAUCACCAACUUAUCUGUUGCUCUCUCUAGUGGAACCUCCAUCACAUCUCCUGAACUUAUUGACUUGGGUUUGUUGGGCGUCGCUGGCAAUUUGGGGGUCGAUACCUGGUCUCAUGCUGCGUCUUCUGUGCACUCAGAACCAGCGGCGUACGAAGAAAGGUCAUUGCCAGGAAAUCAAGACCUCGCAUCUUCCGUGGUGCAACAGCCACAACAACCCCAAGCAAGCCCCGUACUAUCUGCCGCCGAAACUGCACGACAAAAGAAGCAAAGAUCAGAAACCUAUACUAUUCGACACAUCCGAUGGACCAGUCAAAGUGGUCAACUACUGGAGUCCCCUAUCUUGGUCCAAAAUCAGAACGGACCCUGUCCACUGCUGGCUCUUAUCAAUGCACUGGUGCUGCGAGCGAACCCCAAAGCUCGCCCGCCAAUCAUUAGAGCUCUGUCAACCCGCGAGCAAAUUUCUCUAGGCCUGCUAAUCGAGGCGAUGUUUGAAGAGCUGACAACAUGCCUGGGCCCUGAUGAGGAGUUCCCAGAUAUCGAGGCCCUUACUCAAUUUCUGACAAUGCUGCAUACGGGCAUGAAUGUGAACCCACGUUUGACAAUGGAGUCUAUUGAAGGAUUUGGCACUUUCCUCGAAAAUAAUGAUCUUCGGCUAUAUAGCACCUUUGGUAUACCAUUGAUCCAUGGCUGGCUAGCCUCUUGGUCCAGUCCUACUCAUGCUGCAAUGUCACGGACUGGUCAGUAUUACGAGGACAUUCAAAUGUUGCCUUUUCGUAGACAAGAAUUUGAGGAACGGGUGGCGCGAGGCGAGGCACUUGAACCCGAGGAAGAGAAUAUCAUGGCAGAUAUCCAAAGCAUUCAACAAUUUGUGGAACAUGAGAAUGCGACACAAUUAAGCCCAUUUGGCUUGACACAGCUCUCGACUAAACUUGCACCUGGAUCUGUCUCCAUCCUUUUCCGCAAUGACCAUUUCUCGACUCUAUAUAAACACCCGCAAUCUCACCAACUUUAUACUUUAGUUACUGAUGCUGGCUACGCGGGCCAUGCCGAAGUGGUUUGGGAAUGUCUAGUCGACGUGACAGGGUUUAACACAGAAUACUACUCUGGCGACUUUCGCCCCGUGGGCGCUGGGCCCUCGGUCCCAUCUGGUCCUGGCCCCGCCAGUCCCCGAACAUUGAUAGAGCCAGCCACUCGAUUGGAAAGUGCAAACGAAGCAUCGACCUCCCCCGAGCCGACUCAAGAACAGAGUGAUGCAGACUAUGCCUAUGCGCUCUCACUUCAAUUCCAAGAAGAAGAGCGACGUGAAAAUGCUAGGAACGAGCAGGCCCACGAUCGUCGGACCUCUGCCCCGAGUAAUUCUUCCAAUCAACCAUUGCCUUCACCUUGUUUGAGCAAUGUACCUAAUCGAUCUUCGAGCGUUGCCAGUGCACUUGUUUCCCAGCCUAGGCCCCAGCCACAGCGUGGGCCUGACAUUGAGGACCCAAAUGCACCCCCUCCUCCCUAUGAACAAGCUGCUAGUGGGCCACGCUAUUCGCCCCCUGAAAGAAGGUCAUACGGUAAUUCUUCAGGAAAUCAGUACCCUGGUAACCGGAAUUCUCGGAUUCGAACUCCACAGAAUUCUCACCGAUCACGCCCGUCUAUGCGUGCAGGGGAUCAUAACGGACCGGAGACAGAACGGAACAAAGAAUGCACAGUGAUGUGA